UUGGCCACUCAAACAUGGAAAUGUUGAACUGACAGCGCAGAACAAACUCGGCACUCUGAAUUGGACGAUAGGUAGGCUAGGCCUAUCAUACCGCCACCGGGGGAUUGUUUUUGUGGAGAGAUCGAUUUUGGGAAUCAGUGUCUACGUGCGCAACUGAAGUUUUAUUUUAUGGGCUUUGAUUUAGGCUGCUGUGCAAUAGUAUGAUUUUUAGUGUUUGCCGUUUUCUCUGGGAGUAAAAGUGCUGAACAUUAAUAUUUUAACCAAAUGGAUUAUGUUCAUUUUGCGCAAAAGCUCUUAUAAGAAGUUGUUUUGUUGUAAUGUUCUGGAUAUGUUUUCGCAGUAUACCUUGCUAAGUGASUGAUGAUUGAUUUGGAUAUGUCAGCACCGCUGAGCGCUCAUCCGCACACUCCAUCAUUCCUGGACUGGGGAAAGUAAGAAACCACCUGUUGUGAAUGCUUUCUGGAACUUCCCACGGAUAUACCUCGGCGGCUAAAACAAGACAUUGGAAAGGCGUGCGCAGAACGCACAGAGACAUGUAAAGCCGGUAUGCUUUACACGGAACACUGAGAACUCGUUUUGUAUUCAUGGGACAGGCACAGGCUAAUAAUCCUAUUUUAAUUUAUUUCUAUUACCUUUAGUUAAUUAUGUCGCCAUGGUGGCACGGGUUAAGAUGAUGAGCCCUGUCUUGGCCACCAGUUGCUGUUGCGCUCAGAAUGGCUCGCGAGGACGCGGUGAGGUGCCUGCGCUGCCUGCUCUACGCUCUCAAUUUACUCUUCUGGCUCAUGUCGAUAUGUGUCCUGGGGGUGGCUGCUUGGCUCAGGGACUACCUGAACACUGUGCUCACCUUGACGGCCCACACCAGGCUGGAGGAAGCAGCAGUUCUCACGUAUUCUCCGGCUGUCCAUCCCGUCAUCAUUGCAGUGUGUUGUUUUCUUAUCAUCGUGGCCAUGGUGGGCUACUGCGGCACACUGAAAUGCAACCUUCUACUCCUGUCCUGGUACUUUGGCAGUUUGUUGGUGAUUUUCUGUGUAGAGUUGGCCAGUGGGGUGUGGACGUAUGACGAGGUGAGUGCGGAUUUUCUAUAUGAUGGCAGCACCAAGGUGACGCACCUGGCCUCAGGGGAAUUCUGGGUAACCAAGAUGGGUAACAAGACCAGUGAAGGAGAGAGGAAGGAGGAGGGYAUGGAGGCCCAGGGGCUCCUGCAGUUUGAUGAGCGUAUCAUCACACCGGUCAGUGCCCCCGGCGCAACGGUCACCUUGGAAACGGUCUCCAGACUACACCAUCUGGUCUCCAUGGUGACUCUGGUCUCCAGAGAAGAUGCUGUGUUCUGCUCCCUUGUGUUACUGUACGAGAAGUGUUCAUAA